AGGAGCCGUCAGGGGGUGUGGCACGACUAUGACCGCUUUGCUCUAGCGCCGGCGCGUGUGUGCCCGGGCGGCGCGAGGUCAGGGGGUGGGGCAUGUCGCACAGGCUGCUGGCGGCGGUGGGGAGCCGGACGGCGGCUCUGCCACUGGCCGCGCUGUGGCGAUGCGGCUGGAGCGCCUGGGAUCACAGCACGGCCAGAGUGGGCCUGAGGGCUCUGGGCACCACCCGACAGCGUCUCCAGGGAAUCUACUUUCAGCAGCUGGUUCUGCAAGGAAGACUGACAUCAUUUUCCCAGUGGCUGUAUUCGAAAGCUCCCAAAGGCUUUGAGAAGUAUUUUAAAAGAAGUGGAAGAAGCGCAGGUGAAGAAGAAUCCACACCUCCAAAGAAAGAUACUGAUGAACCAAAGAAUCAUGGAGUCAAAGGAAAUGGUGGCAAGAGAGGAGGGAAGAAGGAUGACUUUGCAUGGUGGAAACGGAUACAGAAGGGAGAGUUCCCUUGGGACAACAAAGAUUUCCGUAAUCUGGCUAUCAUGGGAGCAGGCUUCGCUGUGGGAUUUUUCUACUUAUAUUUUCGAGAUUCUGGAAAAGAAAUCACUUGGAAGCAUUUUGUACAAUAUUACUUGGCCAGAGGACUGGUGGACCGACUUGAAGUUGUGAACAAACAGUUUGUGCGAGUGAUUCCCACUCCUGGAGCAUCUUCUGAGAAAUCCGUGUGGUUUAACAUCGGCAGUGUUGACACAUUUGAGAGAAAUUUGGAAUCUGCCCAGUGGGAAUUGGGAAUUGAAGCUGCCAAUCAGGCAGCAGUGAUUUAUACCACCGAGAGUGAUGGCUCUUUCUUAAAAAGCCUGAUCCCCACUUUGCUUCUUAUUGGGAUUUUCCUCUAUGCUGUGAGGCGAGGCCCAAUGGGAGUAGGACGGGGAGGACGAGGAGGAGGCCUCUUCAGCGUUGGUGAGACGACCGCCAAAAUCCUGAAGAACAACAUCGAUGUGCGGUUUGCUGAUGUGGCGGGCUGCGAAGAAGCCAAGCUGGAAAUCAUGGAGUUUGUGAACUUCCUCAAGAACCCCAAACAGUAUCAGGACCUCGGAGCCAAGAUCCCAAAGGGGGCUAUGCUCACUGGUCCUCCUGGUACUGGGAAAACCCUUCUUGCCAAAGCGACUGCAGGGGAGGCCAGUGUUCCUUUUAUCACUGUGAAUGGCUCUGAGUUCCUGGAGAUGUUCGUGGGAGUUGGGCCUGCAAGGGUUAGGGACAUGUUUGCAAUGGCUCGAAAAAAUGCUCCUUGUAUCCUAUUCAUUGAUGAGAUUGAUGCAAUUGGAAGAAAACGAGGUCGUAGCAAUUUUGGAGGGCAAAGUGAACAGGAAAACACUUUGAAUCAGCUGCUUGUUGAAAUGGAUGGAUUUAACUCCAGCACCAAUGUUGUGGUACUUGCAGGCACCAACCGCCCAGACAUCCUUGACCCAGCACUAAUGAGACCAGGGCGCUUUGACCGUCAGAUUUACAUCGGACCCCCUGAUAUAAAAGGCAGAUCUUCCAUUUUUAAAGUCCACCUCCGUCCACUGAAAUUGGAUGAAAAUAUUGGCAGAACUGCCCUGGCUAGGAAACUAGCAGCUCUGACUCCAGGAUUUACUGGUGCUGAUAUUUCUAACGUCUGUAAUGAAGCUGCCCUGAUUGCUGCUCGUCAUCUGAAUGCUUUUGUUGAAGAAAAGCACUUUGAGCAGGCCAUUGAGAGAGUCAUUGGAGGCCUUGAGAAGAAGACUCAGGUUCUCCAGCCCAAUGAGAAGGCAACUGUAGCCUAUCAUGAAGCUGGCCAUGCAGUGGUGGGUUGGUUCUUGGAGCACGCCGAUCCCUUACUGAAGGUGUCCAUCAUCCCCCGAGGAAAGGGGCUGGGCUACGCGCAGUACCUGCCCAAGGAGCAGUACCUCUACACCCGGGAGCAGCUCUUUGAUCGCAUGUGCAUGAUGUUAGGGGGGCGGGUGGCCGAGCAGCUGUUCUUUGGCCGCAUCACGACGGGAGCUCAGGAUGACCUGAAGAAAGUCACGCAGAGUGCGUAUGCCCAGAUUGUCCAGUUUGGGAUGAGUGAGAAGUUAGGCCAGAUGUCGUUUGAUUUGCCCCGGCAAGGGGAAACCCUGGUGGAGAAGCCGUACAGUGAAGCAACUGCACAGCUCAUCGAUGAGGAAGUGCGUCAUCUGAUCAACUCUGCCUAUUCCAGAACUUUGGAAUUGCUGACCCAGUGUCGGGACCAGGUGGAAAAGGUAGGAAAGCGUCUCCUGGAGAAGGAAGUACUUGAAAAGGCAGACAUGAUUGAACUACUGGGCCCCCGGCCUUUUGCAGAGAAAUCUAGUUAUGAAGAGUUUGUGGAAGGCACAGGAAGCUUGGAGGAGGACACUUCCCUUCCAGAGGGCCUGAAGGAUUGGAACCGAGAACGGACAGAAGAAAGCGCCGAAAAACAAGUCCAGGAAAGUACUGUCUAAACCAGUUGAGGCCUCUAAGCAUUUGUCUUUUAUGCUUUGGGAGAGGUCCCCACUCUCCUUGCUCUACUUCUGGGGCUGUAGCCUCCAGCACCUCUGCCUAUCAAGCAGGAAAGUUUUGGAAAGCAGCUGCCAGAAUCACUGGAAAGUAAAUUAAAGCACAUUAUAAAUACCAAUGGGUGUUUGAGAAAAGGGCUCUUUGGGACAAACCAGGAUUCCUCAUUCCUGAAACUUGCAGGGAGUCAGUGAACUGGUGUCCAGCCAGGGAGGUAGCUGAAGAAAAUAACCGGCAUUUGAGUGUUGUGCAGGUCCUAGUUCUCAUCUGUAUGUGAGCAUGGGUCUGAAUGGGUGAGGCUCGAGAUACAGGGGAGGAAUGGGCUUUAUUUUUAAUAAGCUGCAGCUCCCAUUUGGAAAACAGGCCUUCCAUCUAUUCUCCUCUAGGAAUAGGAGAGGCUUCAAAAUAGCUCUAGGGAGCUAGAAGGGGGAAAAGAACAUUUGUUCUCCCUCACCCACCCCCUAGCCCCCCAUAAAUAACCAAAAUAAACAUUUGGGAAAGAGGAUUUUUUUUUUUACAUGCCUUGGCAAUUAACUUCCUUCACUUGUUCCUCAUGAAGACUUUUAAAUCUGGGCUAAAGUUUCAGUGUCCAAGACAGAGAGGAAAUUAUUGGACCUCAAUAACCCCAAGGAACCCAAGUGGUAGGAAAAAAUGUUUAAAUUAAGGACAGUUUAAAGCUGUUUGACAGAAGAAAUUAUUAGAUUUUGCAAAAGCCUCUUUUAAAAAAAAAAAAAAGCUAAAUCUAUCUAAACCAGAGAUCAUCAAUUGUGAGGAACAAUAGCAUGUUGCGGGUGGAGGGCAAUGAACUCGGUCACUAUUUAUCUUAGAUUGUCAGAGCUCCCUGACACUACAUCAUUUUGCCAUGGCUUUGCUCUGAAGAUGAAGGGCACAGUUCUUGUUUUUAAAGAACUAUUUUGACUUUAUCCAAGAAGUCAGGGCAGAUUUUAGUAUUCCAAGCCUUCAUUCCAGAGUACUGUUUACUGAAUUCUGGCACAUCCUUUGAGUCUCACACUAAACUUUGCAUAGCAUAUUGUACUAGCAGCAAGGGCUUGCUCAGUUUGGGGGCCUGGAGGCUCAACCAACUAGACUCCUGCCCAGGGUGUCUUUCCCACAAGGUCUUAUGCUCUGUUACUCACACUCACCAUCAUGGAAGCCAGGUUAGGAUUCCCUGAGGAAGUGGAACUGAAUGGAACCUCUUUCUGCCAAGACUGACUUGUCAGAUUUCUUAUCCUCACCUCCUUAUAUUCCUGCUACUGUCUUUGUUUCUUUUGAGAGAAUAGGUGACAUCAAGCACUGUAGUUAAUUAAUUCUUUCUCAUUCUGAGUUGGUCCUUGAUCUGCUUCUUUCCUGAUGUCUUAAAUUGAAAGAGGCACACAUUCUUUUUCUUCAUUCCUUUUCUGUGAAAAGCAAAGUGUUUGGUUUGGGAAAUCAUUGCAGAGUUUAGAUAUUUGAAGUACUUUGUCUUCAGAAACUAUUAUGCCAUAAAUGGUGACCAGGCAUUUGGGAACUAGGAAAAUGCUUUUCUUUUGAUUCAAGAUUUGCUCCCUUAGUUCCUUUUUCCAAAUCUCUUGCCACAGGAUUAAAAGUUUAAAAAAAAAUUUUAAAGCCUUUGAGGAAUUUUCCUAACACAGAGACCCUAGUACUGGACCUGAAAAAUUGUAAAAAUUUGAGACAGUCUUGAGAGACUGAUCCAGUUUUUAACCCCUUGCUUUCUCAGAAGUUGGUGAAUGUCCAAGCCAUCCAGAAGAAAUGAUGGUCUCUUUUCUAAAGAUUGUUAGGGGAAGAGAAGCUGUUGCCUUUUCCUUAACAUCCCAUCCCUUUUUUUUAAUUCCCCUCAACACCUAAGAACUUGUGAGCUUGUUUAGGGAACCCAGCUGGACUCAGCUUGCUGUAUGAGAAAGCUGGGGGCCUAUGGCAGGUCAGAUUGGGCGUCUUGGGCCGCCUGGCUUCCAUGCUGAUGUUUUAGCAGCUUUUUCUGAUCACAAUUAGACUAGAGAAAACUUUGCCUGAGAAAAGCUUGGAGAUGUUUGUUUUAUAUUUUUCCCAAAACAUUUCUUUGAAAGGAAAGCAGCCUGACACAAUGAAAAGAACACUGAAAUUGACUUUUAAGGAUGUGGGUUCUACUGCAGCAUUGCCACGAAGUGCCUUUGUAACUCUAUAAACUAGGCUCUUCUCCAGGGAACUCUAAGAUGGAGGGGUCUCCAAAAGCCCUUCCAGUUCUGAACUUGUGACCUGCUGCUCCAAACAAUUGGACUUGUCGGGUACCAUGGGAGCUUCUAGCUCUUAGACCUCCAUAUGCCAGAUAUCCAGGCAAAUAGAGCCUCUCAAUUUUGAAUUUCCUACCUGGAAUAGAUGUUUUCAAUUUAUUUGUGAAACAGCUUGGCUGAAUUUGUAGAAUGGUAGAUUCAGUCCAUUUGAAAUUGGAGCUGACUUUCAGGAGUCUCUUCUCACGUUGGGCACUCUUAUUUGGAGUAUCAUACUCUGUAUCUUUACUCUUUCUCAUUUAAACUAUUUCCCUGUAUAAGAAAGUAGGAGCAACUGAUUUCACCGUCAGGAGAUGAUCUGGCCCUUGUCUGUUGUUUCCUAUGGCUAUACGGCAGCUGGCCCCAGGCACUGCUGUGUCUCGUGGCCCACCUCCUCUUCCCCUUCUCUUGGCUGUUCUUUCCUAUGGCUAUAAGGCAGCCAGCCCCAGGCACUGCUGUGUCUCGUGGCCCACCUCCUCUUCCUUAUCUUUGCUGUUCUUAGUUGUAUCAGCCCCAGGCACUGCUGUGUCUCGUGGCCCACCUCCUCUUCCCCUUAUCUUUGCUGUUCUUAGUUGUGUCAAUAAGGCAGCCGGCCCCAGGCACUGCUGUGUCUUGUGGCCCACCUCCUCUUCCCCUUCUCUUGGCUGUUCUUUCCUAUGGCUAUAAGGCAGCCGGCCCCAGGCACUGCUGUGUCUCGUGGCCCACCUCCUCUUCCCCCUAUCUUUGCUGCUCUUAGUUGUGUCAGCCCCAGGCACUGCUGUGUCUCGUGGCCCACCUCCUCUUCCCCUUCUCUUUGGUCCCCCUUAUCUAAGUGCUCAGUUACUGCCUCACUGUCAGAGCCAUGAAUACUUUAUAUCAUGUAGUCAGUCAAGAUCUGCAUUUUAGGGAAGGUUGAUUUAUUUAGCUCUUUGAAAGGGAAACAGAAAAACCAAAACAUAGCAUUGUGUCACCCAAAAUGUCUUAAAGCAGUGUCCUUCUUGACCGCUUCUUCCUGGGUAUCAGCUAGCUAGCACAUACCCUUUGUAGGGAGUGAAACUCUGAGAUGAGAUACUUAGAAAAUGUAGCUCUUCCAAGUGAAUAAAAUGAGAAGCCUUGCAAGGUCCAUUGGGUAAGCUAUAUAACAUGAAAUGGGAGGGCUGAGCAACAGUAAAGGGUUGGUCUAAUUGUUUGCCAUAGCCUGACGCAUGUUAUGAUUUAGGACAUUAGGUCCUCCUUAAGACAAAUCCAAACCUACUUCUCAGAAACAGCAUAUACCCAGCUUUCAUUGCACAUAUAUUAGACAGUUUGGCAUUUCAAUAGGAGUGAUUUUCAGGUUGUGCUAUUUAACAGAAAUGCCUGCGCUAGACUAAGAAGAACUUGCAGCAGGUGGGGUAGAAUAUGCUUUCUCCAGAAAGGUGGUCUUGCCAAUCUCCAUGUAAGCACCCUGGACAGAGGAAGCUGUGUACCAGGUGUCAUGACUUUUAAUAGAUAAGUGACUUUUUUGGAAAUAGAACUAAUGAUCCUUACAGUUCUCUACCUCAUUGGAAGGGGGAUAUAGGAAAGUCCAUGAACUAGCAGUGGCCUUAAGGAAUAUAGAGUUUUCUUUGAGCUGCUUAGAUGAAUAAUACUUGUAGCAUUUCUCCAUGUAGAAACUUGCUAUUUUAAAGCCAGAGCUCACCCCAUGGGAUUUGACUAAAGAAGCUGUCAGAUGCUAGGGGAAGGUUUUCUUAGAUCUCUGCCUGUCAUGCUGCUUCUCUCAUGGCUAUCUCUCAACUAAAGAGAUCACAUGUGAUUCUCUAUCUUUUAUUAAGUGUUUGCUCUGUCCCAGGCAUCUUGGAGAGCUCCAGAGGUAUUAAAAAAAAAAAAAUUGAAAAGGUGGGUCAGAAAACAAUGGCUAUUUGAACUUGGCUGGGAUGUUAAUGUUCCAGUGGUGAAGCAGCUUAAAGCCAGUCUUCUGGUGAAGGCUAGAGAACUCUCAUUUUCUUUUUGGUUCUUUCCUUUUAAAUGUUUGAGUCUCAUGUUGAAGUUUCUGAGCCUGAUCCAGACCUUAAUCCUGAACCCAGGGGUCAAGUCUGGCAUAAAGUCUCCCUCUGAGACUCACAGUUCCAUGUUCUGUUGGCUCUCUCCAAAUAAGGGACUAUUAAUCAUUGAUUUCCUGUCCUUUCUUUCCCAUUCUUUUAGGGGGAAGUCUCCUGUGAUUAGGGACAAGAGUAACUUUGGCAUUUCUUUCUAAACUUUAGUGAUUAUAACACAUCUUGGCUAAGAGAACAGCAGAAUCAUGCCAGAUGAAAUAAAAUUUUUGUGAUUCUUUUUUAUACACUAGUAGUGAGCUUCAGCAGCAAUGUAAUGACCCUAAAUUCUUUCUCCCUAGGGUAGCUAUAAGACUUGUAUAAGCUUGAUUUCCUCUUUCCUGCCCAUUGUGAUAGGAAGCACAACACCUCAUUCUCAUUCCUGAUUUUUAUGUUGUUUGGACAUGUGUCCUUCCCAUUUAAAUUAUCAGCCUAUCUAGUGUCACUCAGGGGGUCGCAUCUCUUGGAUUCCUUUCUCUUGUAUUUGAUAACAGAUCAUGGUCAUCCUUUCCAGUGUUUGCCACAUUGUAUGGCCUUGGGCAAAAUCACUCAUCUCAGUCCCUUCAUCAUUAAAAGGCAGGGAUUAGACUAAAAGGCCUUCCAGGACUCUCCCAGCUUUAGAUCUCUGCGCCUGUGAGCUCAUUCUUGCAUCGGCCUCUCAGCUUCCUAGCAUCCGCUGCUAUUGACAAUGUCAGCCAUCAAAUGCCAAGGUCCCAGCUCUUCCCCAUCAUCUAGACCACCUCCCUUUUCAAGGUCCUCAUCUGGCUCAUCAGACUCAUAUUAUAUAUAUUCAAGGUUAUGGCCCUUUAUUCAGGCCCUACAUGAAAUAAUGACAAACAUUCCCACUUUUGCUAGCCAUUUUAUCUAGCCAUUCCUGGCCUUUUAGUAAUUGUUAUCUUUACCUUUUUGUUUUAUACCUUCCUCCCAAAAGAAAACCCAAACCAUUCUUUGCAUCUAGAGUAUUAUUUUUCUUGAACAAUUAGCUAACUCUAAAAUUCUCACAUUUCAAUUUGGGGAACCCCCCUCAUUUAUUAUUUCAUGUGUGGUUAGAGAUGGAGGAAGAAAAAGUGGAUUUAGAAAUACUUAUUCUAAUCCCUGUACCCUAUGAAAUGAUCAUUUGUAUUGUAAACACUUAAGCUAUUAGCAAUGGCAUUCCACCAAAUAAAAGGGGAAACCGUGAAGCAAACUACAAACAAGUUAAUGAAAACACAAUAAACGUGAAAUACUCAAUCAUAAA